AUGGUUUCAUUGGCAGGCAUCCCGAUGGAUGCCGCUGCCGUCAUGUCAUCAGUGUUGGAAGGCAUUUUAUACGGAUUUUCAGUCCUCAUGUGUCUAGGUACCAUCUGGACAUUCACCUACAAACGACAUAAGCAGGAUGUCAAUCGGCCAAUCGCUGUAGUUGCUACCCUGCUGUUCGUGCUGAGUACCGCGCACAUAGUUGUAGUCAUUAUUCACAUCGAACGUGGACUGGUGAAGUAUCGUGACACGUUCCCUGGCGGGCCAGUGGCGUUCUUCGCAGACGUUACCCAAGAUACAUUUGUAAUCAAGAAUGCGAUAUAUACCUUGCAAACUCUGCUUGGCGACGGGGUGGUGAUUUAUCGAUGUUACGUUGUUUGGCAAUCUGCCUGGAUUAUUAUCCUACCAUGCAUGAUGUGGUGUGGUGUCGCAGCUUCUGGCAUUUGUUCGGUCUACUACUUCUCUCAAGCGUCCACUGCCGAAAUCGAAAAUUUCUUCGCUAGCAGGAUUGGUCAUUGGGUCGCUACUUUUCUUGCCUCUACACUUGCAACUAAUGUGUUGAGUACCGGAUUACUGGCGUAUCGCAUCUGGAUGACCGAACGCAAGGUCUAUGCAAUGCGCACUACGAAGCCCAAAGUACCUAUAUUGCGCGUGCUUAUAGAUGCUGCUGUUUUGUACUCUGCGGCGCUUGGCUCCUCAAUAAUAUGUUUUGCCCUUUGGAAUGAUGGUCUGUAUGUGAUGGGAGACUUGAUCGUCCCGAUCGUCUCGAUUGCCUUCUACAUGGUAUUUAUUCGCAUCGCGACCAGUCAAAAUAAUCAAUAUUACCGCUCGACUGCCUGUAGAGGGGCCACUGAGACAGAACGAAGAAAAUUGCAACAACAUCCCAUGCAGCCGUUUAUACGCAAGGCGAAUGAUUCCAAAUCCUCCUUGGGUGAUAGCCCAAAAGUAGAGACACAUUCAUUAGCGUAUUAG